AUGCGCCACGGCGAGGAAAGGGUUCUCGAUGACGAUGAUUACCGCUCCGGAAUGGGAAUUUGCACCAGGGCCGAACAAGAGUUAGAAUUUCCCGCUCUCGCGACCUACAGCGACCGACAGAAGGCUGCGAUGAAGAAGCGGCCAAUCGACCUAAAGCAGGCUAGAGCGAACUUCAUCAGCGUAGUUCGCGAUCUCAAUGCCAACACAAUAUCGUCUGGUAAGACUGUGCGUCUGCCACAUUGGGCAGGCAUAGACGUGAACGCCAUCGACACAGAGGACUUUACGGAAGCCAUGACGACUUGGCUACUCGAGGGCGACUUCCAGGGACUGAGAAUCCUGUCUAUGAGUGAACCUGUAGGCCAUGAGGAUGACGUGAAUAUGGAAGACAUGGGGGACAUCGAAGACGACACAGCCGAGUUUCAGGAGCCAGACGCACCAGAUCCACCGGCUAUCGAGGCGCAAGACGAUAAGACGAAGAAGAGUAGGAAGGCCAAGAGUACAGAGAAGUCGACCAAGCAUCAGUUGUUCUUGGAUCAAGUUGGCAGGACGAAGGAUGUCGACGUCUUCAUUCGUCGCUGCGAAGCGCUUAUGGGACUUUACAACGACAUUCAGAAGAGAUACCCUAGAGAGAAGAUCCUGAUAUGGAGUCGCUUUUACAAAGGCCUUGUCAACAUUGCUGAAGCCAUGUGCCGCCGCUAUGAUGUCGAAGUUCCAAUCUUCUCAGGGUUGCUCAACAGAGAGCAGCGAGACAAGAUGCUGUACAGAUGGCAGGGCCCACUCACGUCUUCAAAGGUUCCCAUGUGUUUCCAGGCGAAGGCUGGCGGCACCGGACUCACGGUGACCUCAGCCCCACACGUCAUCUUUUUUGAGCCCUGGUGGAAUAUUCUGGAUGCUAUGCAAGCAGAGCGAAGGGCAUAUCGCAUCGGACAAGACAAGAAAGUGCACGUCUGGAAGUUGGUCUGUGUAAACAGCUUUGCCAACACCAUCAUCAACACUGGCGCCCUACGGAAGCUUCGAACCAUCGACAAAAUCAUGUACGCGCUACGUACACACAAGGGCCAGCAAGUUUCGGUCCCCCCAGUCAUUCCACAGUAUGGGCGGGUCUCGUUCGUCGAUUACGACUUAUACCAUAUGAUGAACAAAGAGGCUAGCGAAAUGAAAGAGCAGGCAGAAGAGGAUGCGGGCGAUCGUGGACAUGAGGAAGGCCAGCCACCGAACAAGAGACGCAGACUGGAGGAGGGUGCGUACGCUGAAGGCAGUGAAGAUGAGGACGAAGGUGAAGACUACCAGGAUGACAAUGGUAGCGAUGAAGAUGAGGAUAGCGAUGGAGAUGCUGAAUAG